GGGCCGGACGGAGCCCAUGGCGGCUGCCCGGGACCCUCCGCCCGACGGGGCCCUGUUGGGGCCCCGCCCGGCCCGGCCCACGCUCGAGAACCGACCCUACGACCACCUCUAUGACCCGCUGUUCACCGUGUCCAGUGAGCAGGACCACGCCCAGGCCGACAUCCGGGCCAUCCUCCUACAAAACAGGCUGCUGAAGCUCCCCAGGUUUCGGAGCAUGUUCAGUCACCUCCGACAGUACCCCAGCUUCUCCCUGGCGAUGCCCACCAAAGACCUGGUCCCGCCGUUCGUCGACCGCGCCUGGAGGGGCCUGGCCCAGCAGCGGAGGGAAGCUCUCCGGAGGCUGGCAGCAUCGGACCCUUCUUUUCCGCUGCCCCGGGAAGUUUACGAGGACCCCGAAGUCAGCGGGAGGAAUCGCUACAAGUAUUUUGAACGGCCUUUCCUCCCGUUCUUCAAACAGAUGCCCCUCAAUGCCAUCCUCGCGGCAGACAGGCCCGCUGGGACCCCCUAUGCCGCGGCCCGCUGGCGGCAGCCGGGCGUCCCCCCGGAGCGGACGGUGGGCACCCAGACGGACUACCGCGACGGCGAGGCCCAGACGGAGCCGUACAGCCCCGACUACGUGGUGGUGGGUCAGGAGUCCGUCCCCGAGCUGCUGACGCUGGCCACGCUCACCUGGGGCCGCGGCCUCCCGGCGGGCCGGGCCGAGGUGGAAAUGAUCGAGCGGGCCCGGGAGAAGCGGGCCUGGGAAGCCGCCCUCCCGCCCCUGAGCGACGUGGCCCAGCUGGACAAGAGGAGGAGGAUGGUGGACGAGAUGGAGAGGAGGGAGUGGGCCUUCCGGGAGCACGAAAUCGGGAAGCUGCAGGAAGCCCGGCUGGCCGUGCUGAGGCAGCUGCUGGAGCGGCGGGCCGAGGGCCGCAGCGAGCGGAGCGGGACGCGGCUCCGGGCCCAGUGGGCACGGCUGCGGGAGGACGAGGAGGCCAAGCGGCGGGGGCUGCGCCGCCGCCACGCGACAGCCGUCAGGAAGCUGACGGCGGAGGGGCCCAGAGGCCGGGCGGAGCGGCGGGACGUCGUCCGGGAGUACGCGGAUUUCGCCGCCCAGCCCUACGGACCCCCGGCCCGCCUGGGCCGCUUCCCGGACGGGAACUCGGAGCGCUACGUCGUCCGGAGCCGCUUCCUCCACUCCUACCAGGGACUCGUGGAGCUGGAAGCGUCGCUCCCGGCGUCUCUGACCCAAGCCCGCGUCCGCACCCCGCCGCGGCCCGGCCAGACGACGAAGGACGGGUUCCUGAAGAAGGCGGCGAGGCUGGAGGGCGAGCUGGCGGACGUCCAUCAGGCGCUGUUGGAGAAGAAGAAAAUUCAGGAGCCCAAGAAACCCCUGCGCUUCCUGGAGAGGAAGAUCAAACCGGCCCCUCGACCUCCGACCCCGACCUUCGAGAUGCCUACCAACGAGGAAGAGGACCAAGAAAUGGCCAUCAUCGUCCUGCAGAAGCUCCUCCGGGGCCGAGCCGUGCAGAACGUGAUCUUCGAAGGGAAGGAGAAGCGUCUGGAGCUGAUCCAGGAGCUCCGCAGCAACCACGCCCUGCAGGAGGAUGACCGACUGGUCAAGAAGCUGGAGAAGCAAGUCAUGCUGGCCCUCCAACGCCAGCGAGACCUCCAGGAGCACAAGGCGGCGUUGGUGGAGGACCACCUGGCCGGGCUGACGGGCCGGGCCCUGGUGGACCUGCUGGACUUCCUGUCCAAAGAGCUGGUGCGGCUCCAGGAGGAGCGACGCGUCCACGCCAUAGCCCAGCUGGCCGAGCGCCAGCGGCGCGUCCGCGAGGCCGAGGAGAGCGGCCGCCGCCAGCGGGAGCAGAGGCGGCAGCGGGAGGAGGACCGGAUCUUCCAGGAGGUGGUGAAAGUGCACCAGAGCACAGUGACAUCUUACCUGGAAGACAUCAUCCUCGGGAGCCAGGAGAGCACCGCGGAGGAGCAGGCCAGGGCGGAGAUCCAGAAGCAGGCCGCAGAGAUCAACGACAUCGCCUACGAGAUGGAGAGUCGCCGGACGCACCUGCAGUCGGAAGAGAUCGUGGCCGAGCUGGUCUACAGUUUCCUCAUCCCAGAAGUGCAGAAGGCGGAUUUUAAGGAGAAAGUGAGGAAGGCGCAGAGGAAGCACAUAGUGGCCGCCCAUCAGAUCAUCCACAGCAGCACGGAGGCGGCAGUGGGGCGGCCCCGGACGGGCCCGGACCCCGAGGGGAGCGGCCCGGGGGACGACGGGGCCGGGGCCCGCUGAGGUGGCGAGAGGAUCCGGAGAAGGCGAGCGGCGCGGAGGGCAGGACCCGGGCCGGCCGCCUCGACGCGCCCGCCUCCCGCCGCGUGGCAGAGGUUUGGCCUGGGCGAGGGCACCGAGCCCUCCCCGUGAUAUUUGGAAAUAAAGCCCCAUGCAGGCACCCUCCGUCUCUAAUACUAAUAAAAAAAAAAAAAUUGGGACAUCAGUUGAGCGCUUACUAUAUAUGCC